AUGAUUCUGAAAAUGGGAGGAAAGUUGCCUCCGGGAGCGAAGACUUCCGAAAAGGAGAAAAAAGUGGAGAGGAAGGAUGGGAAGAAGAAAUGGGAGAAAUGCGAUGACCGAUGCCCGGGUGACCCGUGGGCUUACUGUGCGGUGUUGUGGUGUGCGUGUGCCAUGAGCCUUAUCUCGAGCGGGUAUAGUUUAUAUAAGCAGCAGGGCCUUCAAGAUAGGCUCUCGCUGUUGGAAGAGCAGCAUUUAGCGUUGAGGAGUGCAGUAUUGGAGCCGCAGCAACCGCUGGUGGAGAGACUUCGCAGGGAGGUGCUGUCUAGGCCGCCUGGCUACUGGCGAUCGAGACGGAGCAUCAGAGAUUAUGGGGACUGCGUCUGCCCACCAGGUUAG